AUGGCAUCUUGGGAGGAUGAACCUAGCGGUGGAUCUCGGGAACCCUCCGAGCCCAGCGGCUGCACGGAUCUGAUCAUGCCGCCGUUGCGGCCUAAAUCCCCGCCGGAAUUACUAGACCGGCUGCUUCUCCACGACGAGGAGGAGGAGGAGACGACAAGCUAUGUUGCCUCCGCUCACCCAGCGCCCAUAGAAUAUGGUUCAGACGACGACGCCGGUUUAACCAGGUUUGUCGAUGACAUGUAUAGCUGCGUGGAACUGGAUGAUGUGGUAGACAAGGAGACGGAUUCCAUUACCUUACCUCUUUGUAGCCCUUGCCGAGGAAUGUAUAUACUAAGUUUUGCAUUGUUCGAAGUCGAUCUUUGGGUGAAGGCAGAAUCAGAAGGUGGCGGAUCAGAUGACAAGCAAUUGCUUUCUGAGUAUGCUGAGAUCGAGAACCGUGGCCUAAAAGAUCCUAUGAUAUAUGGACGGAUUCCAAGUGAUCGUUGCCUGCUAGACGUAGACUGCAUGUUCCUUCUCAACAGUGUUGAGGCUGUCAUACAAGUCUUUACAAAGGAUGACAGUGAUAAUCCUCAUCGCGUGAGAUUCACCGCCUUCAGCAGCGGCUUUGAUCAUGAGAUCGUGUUGUACGAUGACAGAUUAUGUAAGAAGGGGAAGUUGUUCCAGAAUGUUGUCGCGGUGAAGUCUAAGGAAAAACUGGUUAUUCGCUUAGAAUUCGAGGGAUCGACGUUUCGGUGGACUUUUCAGGAUGGCGCUGUUGCAGCUGUUAGUUCUCCUGAUGAUUCGGUCUCGAAGCUGUUUGAUGUGGUGGUUCUUUUUUCUCCAAAAUCAUAGUUGGUAUCUGCGCCCUAAGUUGUCCUCUUUAUAGGAGAAAGAACACAUUGAUCAAAUGAAGAAAAAGCAUGCUGCAACAAAGCAUUCGCAUUAAGAUUAUGAAAAUAGCAAACUAGAAAUGCCAUUGCAUUAUUUGUUUUUACUGAUAUGGUAUUAUCGUCUAAGUACAACCACUUUGACU